GGGGGGCUGGGUUCUAUUUCCGGGCCCGGGCGGGAGGUUAAGGCCAUAAGAGAAGAUUUCCCUCCCGGCAAGGAGGAGAGGAAAAAGGCGCUGUCAUCUAUCUCGACAAGUUUUUCUCCCGGAAAUCCAGACCGGCUCAGAGAAUCACUGGCGCUAUUUAGCCCUUCGUUUCGCCAAUAAAACAAAGAAGUCAUCCUUGACGAUUUCCCAUUACUUCCCUGCCGAGCCACCUCUCUUCGCCAUUCGAAAUACUACCUCUGCCUUCCCUUUCUAUAACAUACCCAGGCGCCCUCCUUUCCAAUCACUAAGAAAAAAGCAAUACCAAUCAAAGGGUUGGCUUUGGGCGUUGUAAAGCUUCGUCUGUUAUUUUUUCGGCCCCAGGGGAGUUUACUCGACCCAUUCCCCAGUCUCCCGCACAGCUCAAGUAAGUGAAGUGUGCGACUCCGUAUGAGGACCUCCUUCCCUUCUGCCCACUCUCCGUUCACACGGUUCUCAAAGCAGAGGAGGAAGGGUGGGCAGCUGGUACCACGAGCCCUCUGUCCCACACAUCUAUCCAGAAGCAAGUGUAGUUCACCGGUUCCACCGAAUGCUCCUAUCUCUCGGCAAAGAUCGUGUGAGUGUGCAGUUAUGCUUCGGAUGCUUCGCCAUAGAAUAGAUCGAAACAGUUCCCGUUCUUUUCCGGUGCACUCGCUUUAUAUCUCCGACACACAAGGAAGGACGCGGUGGGAAGGAAGCAGCCCUAGCCUCUGUCCGGCCGAUCAUUCCGCUGGCAUCUUGCAUUCACGCCUCCGUUUGACUGCCGCUCGGGGAUGUAGUUGUAGAUACGUUAGUCUUAGUGGGUCGUUGGCUCCACCUGUUAUCUCCUUCUACGACAUGCUGUUGUCGUCGCCAUAUUCCAUAUGUCACUUAGUCAUCUCUGCCUCGCCGCGGGUCAGCACCUCCGAAAGAAACGGAGGACUUCAUUCAGUGACUCCGCGAUCGCCCUCUGAACGAUCAAAAUAAGGUAAAGCUUGAAGAUAAGUUUUGUACUCUAUUAAUUUCUCAGUCCCUCUAGUCGGGUGGGCGCCGGCCGGUCUUUCGACCAGAUCCCCCUAAAAACCGUACGUGCGGGUCUCCCCGCAUGCGGCUCACGCCAUUCGAGGUGGCCCAGCCCAGCAUUCAUUCGCAAAUCCUGUAGUGAAAUUGAGACUGCUCGACCUCGGAAGCUAAUUCGCGUGUAGGCAGCGCUGUCUGUCGUACCGUUGACUCUAUCUAUUCAUUUAAUUGACUUUCUUACAUUUUUUAUAUAGGCUCGCUCCCUCUUUUUCCAUGAAUUCAUGCACUUCCCUUUACUUCAUAGGGCCUUCUUUAAUAGGGGAAAAGCCUUCCAUUUCCGUCAAAUGACCCGGCCUCCCCUGGCUCUUCCACCGUCCGGGCUCCCUUUCCUCCCUAUGCUAUGCUCCCCCGGCGCAGGCCUACCACGCUUCGCGCCUGCGGCGUUUUCGCCAGACGGUCUUUGCCAGUAGUGCCAUCCUCCCCGCUGGCUGUAUGGGCGGGUUGUCCCUCGCUGCUGCGUUCUGUUAGGCUAUAGAUUAAAGGAACAAAUGUAGUUGAAUGAGACAGCAGGCGGGUUACACGUUCCACUGCGCCGAGAUGUGAGGUGCAGGUGGUGAUGAUCACCCCGGGGUAUGCGCUAGCGCCCUUGACAGGCACUCCAGGACCCGCCAACGCUCAUGAAAACCCGGGUCGGUCGGUCCUCCAUUCAUCCGACCGGAGGUGUGGAUAACGAGGCCACCUUCACAACCUUCUCCCUUUUGUCCCUAUGUUGUAGUAAGGUAGGGCGGUUCGCUUGAGUUGCUCAACCGCCCCUUAGCCCGGUGCUCAUGACGCGCUACGGAAUCUCCACCGCGCCGGGGGACCAAGCAGGGCAUAGCUAGCGGCAUAGGAGCCGACUCG